GCCCUCCGGAGCGCGAUGGAGGGCUCCGCCUACCCGGGGGAAGAGGAGGAGGAGGAGGAAGAGGAGGAGGACCCGCCUUACGGCCGCGGCGCCCACUCGUGCUCCUCCCUCAUCCGCCUCGAGCAGGAGGCCAAGCGCAGGAAACGGGCGCGGCAGCAGCAGCGGCAGCUCUACACCAACAUGCCAGGGAGGCAGAACAGUGAUGAGGAUGUGCUGGACCUGGCUGAAUACACCAAGAAUCAGCCGUGGUGGCGCAAACUAUUUGGACCGAGUUCAACUUCCAACGAGGAGAAAUACAACGUGGCCACCCAGCUGGCGAUUGGAGGCGUCACAGGAUGGUGCACUGGAUUCAUCUUCCAGAAGGUUGGCAAACUAGCAGCGACCGCAGUAGGAGGAGGCUUCUUUCUGCUCCAGCUUGCAAACCACACGGGGUACGUCAAGAUCGACUGGAAGAUGGUUGAGCGAGACGUGAGCAAAGCUAAGAAGCACCUGAAGUUUUCUAGUAGCACCUCCAGCAAGCUGGCGCCGGAGGUGAAGAGUCAAUUCGAUGAGGUGGUCAGUUUUCUGAAGAGGAACGUCCUGCUGUCCGGAGGUUUCGUUGGCGGCUUCUUGCUCGGCAUGGCUUCUUAGGAAAAUCUCGCCCAAUCUGCCUUUCUACCUGCUGGUCUUGAGGCCAUCUCCCGCUUGGUUCCUCUACUGCCCGAAUAGCCCACUGAAGCAUUCAGCCUCCUGACUUGCCUUUCUUUUGAUAACCUGCAAAGCAGCAACCGGAAACACCGCCGCUAGCCUUCUCCCUCCCCCCCCCCCACUUCCUAUUUUGUUCCUCCUUUUUAAUUUGAUACAGGAGGGAAUUUGGAUCGAUCUUCAAGAUGCAUUCGAUCCCUGCCUGAGAUGCCAGAAAGCUGCAGAAUUGCCCUUCCCACCCUGCCACACAUUUAUUUUUAUUAUUUUUUUCUUCCUUUACUGGCAUAACCUAGACAACUUAACUGUGGAAGGACUCAUAGCAUCUGCUUAUGUGUUCUCAUGAAGUGUCAAGAGUAUCUCCUAGCAGACCAACAGGAAGGAAGCAAGCAGGUCAACAGGACGGGACAAGAGCACGUCUUGAAAUAACUGCCGUCCAGAAACGGCUUCUUCUUCUUCCUGACUUCCUAACAGCGCCUGAGAGCAACAGCUUCUUGGACUCGCUCAUCCAAGUUGUUGUUGUUUUUUUUAAUUUAUACUACAAGAUUACUGGAAUAAUCUGUGGAAACUCUUUGACUCUGCUGUGUGGGAUUCUCUAUAGUCCUCUUUGUCUGACCGGAAGUCUGGAAGACUCGGUAGCGCUGCCUUCUCAAGGAAAAUAUCUUAAAAACUGGGUUCUCUGUUAGUGGAACGGCUGCAGGAUUAGAGUCUUGGCGUUUGCAGCUGUUCAAAGAUACAUUUCGAGUCUUGGUAGCAACUGCUAGCGAAUCCCAGGAGUGGAAUGAACGUGGAGAGUCUCGACCGUCUGGUUCAGAACUCCUGGGCGGCGGGGUGCAGGGUGAAGGGGCAGCUGAGUAGGUUUGCUUAUGCCCUGAGCUCUGCAUAGGAGAAUUAACUUCAGCCCAGAGCCAAAAGCAGCCCAAUUCUGAGCUCCGUUGCCUGAAGUUUGUUUCCCUUUAUAGGAAUCGCAAGAUUGAGCAGAAAGAUAUGCUUUUAGGUAUGCUUUCUCCCAAAAUCCUUGCCGUCUUAUCUGUGCGAUAGCGACAUUAGCUCGUAGAAUGGAAGUUCCUAUAAAUGCAUACAUUAUUGAAUAACAGCA